GAACACCAACACCCAUAACAAAAUCGGCCGCCGAUGAAUGCUUGCUAACGGGAGUGGUAGCCGCACGCGCUAGUGCUGCUCCCAUUGACCAGUGUGGGCCGUGGGGGAGUAAAUCACUGGUCCACAGUUAAGAAUAUGUGAGGAAGCGAAGCACGCAACGAAUGCGUCCAUUCAGCGUUUCCCAUGACCCAUGCUUGCAGUCCAUCCAAUCAUAAAACAAAGGGAAUGCUGUGACUCUGAGCAUUGCCGAGCAAACUCCAAAGAACAUUCAAAGCCAAAAAACACGAAAAGCCAAGAGCUUCAUAUCUGCUUCUCCCGGAAAUGGAGGAAUCACAGGAACUGCUCCAUUUUUGGGGAGACGCCCAUGUAUCAGAGGAAGAAUACUACGAGGCGCAAGGCAUCCUUUCCUCCAAAUCCUUUUACACUUCUCCCAGGGGGCUUUCCCUCUUCACCAGGUCAUGGUUACCCCUCUCCUCCUCACCACGCGGCAUCAUCUGUAUGGUCCAUGGUUACGGCAACGACAUCAGCUGGACCUUCCAAACCACCGCAAUUUUCUUCGCCCAGGUGGGUUUCGCUUCCUUUGCUCUUGACCUCGAAGGCCAUGGCCACUCCCAAGGCCUCAGGGCCUUCGUCCCUAAUGUCGACCUCGUCGUGGACGAUUGUUUCUCCUUCUUCAAUUCAAUCAAAGAGAAGCCCGAAUUUCUUGGGUUACCCUCCUUUCUCUACGGUGAAUCGAUGGGAGGAGCCAUUUGCCUUCUGAUUCAUUUCAAGGAUCCCAAUGGAUGGAAUGGUGCGAUUUUGGCUGCACCCAUGUGUAAAAUCUCUGAUUCGGUGAAACCCAGAUGGCCAAUCCCUCAAAUCCUCAUCCUCGUUGCAAAAUUCUUACCCACUUUGCCAAUUGUUCCCACCGCAGAUCUUCUGGAUAAGUCUGUUAAGGUUGCUGAAAAGAAGAUAAUAGCAGGAAAGAAUCCAUUGAGGUAUAGGGGAAAACCAAGGUUGGGUACGGUAGUGGAACUUCUUCGAGUUACUGAUUAUCUCCACAGCCGACUCGGGGAUGUGAGUCUCCCAUUUAUCGUUUUACAUGGCAGUGCAGAUGUUGUUACUGACCCAGAUGUAAGUAGAUCUCUUUAUGAAGCUGCAAAGAGCGAGGAUAAGACUAUAAAGAUCUAUGAGGGAAUGAUGCAUUCACUUCUGUUUGGAGAAACAGAUGAGAAUAUUGAGAUUGUUCGAGGUGAUAUGUUGUCAUGGUUGAACCAUAGGUGUGAAGGGAGGGAAAUAGUUGUUUCAUAGUUGUCAUUCUCAUUUUCCUAUCCAAUUAUGUUGAGAAAAGAAUGCUAUCAUGCUCGAUGAAAGUCCUUAACAGAACAUUUUUUUUUUUUCUUGUGCAUAUCUUUAAAGGCUACCGUUGAUAUGAAAAUUAUGGGUGAACUUGGCCUACUUUCCUUGA